AUGGAGCGGUACAGUCAGCCUACGCAGCCAGAGCGAGAGCAGAGGGGCAAGGGCUUCCCAAAGGAGCACAGGCUGUUGCUGCCUGAAGAGGCCCCUCAGACUGUGGAACUCCCAGCUGUCGCUGGUCACACCCUCACUGUGCGUAGAGGCCUGUCUUUGCUCCUGGUGGGCGGUUACUCUCCUGAAAAUGGCUUCAACCAGCAGCUGCUCGAGUACCAGCUGGCGACUGGCACCUGGGUAUCCGGAGCGCAGAGUGGGACACCCCCCACAGGUCUCUAUGGUCAUUCUGCCGUCUACCAUGAGGCCACCGACUCUCUCUACGUGUUUGGGGGUUUCCGCUUCCAUGUGGAGCUGGCAGCCCCGUCCUCCGAGCUCUACUCCCUGCACUGUCCUGACCGAACCUGGAGCCUGCUGGCCCCUUCUCAGGGGGCAAAGCCCCGCCCCCGACUUUUCCACGCCUCAGCGCUGCUAGGGGACACCAUGGUGGUCCUGGGGGGACGCUCGGACCCUGAUGAGUUCAGCAGCGAUGUGCUGCUCUACCAGGUCAACUGCAACUCCUGGCUGCUGCCUGACCUCACCCGUAAGUUCAUUGCUGUCCCUGCGAGCCCCCGGCCUGGGACCCCUGCUCAUUAGGAGUCACUUGGGUCCCUCAGACUCUCAGGCAAAGCUCCUGUCCUCUCCAUGGUAUCUAAACACCCAAGGGGAUGCCCUCCUUCCUUCCUUUUUUUUUCUUUUUUCUUAGAAAAGUUUAUUUUGCUGCUUUUAUUGGGGUCUAUGGUGGGGGCCUAGGAUUUCUACUGGCUCACUCAUUAUUGGUGAAUUUAAUACAUAAGAGCAGAAUUUAAAGCACAGGAAGAG